UCGUCAUUAUCCACACCACGACAACACCGGCUGCCGGAAAAUCAAAUCAAUGCGACGUUCCGCCCUGGCAUCAUGAUUGGCCCCCAUGCCAGAAUCGGCCAGAAGCCGGGCUAUCUUUCCUCUCUUCAUGCACGUAACUGCAUAAUGAUCGAGCCGUACCCCACUCGAAGCUUGCACGACAUAAGGCCUCUCGACCCCGCCAAAUUCUUCAGAUAGCGCUCAAUUGUCACACCAAUCUCAUCUCACACUUCAUCAACUCCUUUUAUAUACCGUUACAAUGGCCUGCGAAAACUGCAAGAAAGGUUUCAAGUGGAACGGCGAGUCCGUUGGCAAGGUGGACAAGCUCGACCAGAUCGACUGCUAUGUCACUGGCGACAACAAGGAUGCCGCUAUCCUCAUCGUCACUGAUGUCUUCGGCUGGACGCUUCCCAACAUCCGCCUCAUCGCAGACCACUACGCAAAGGAAGCCAAUGCGACCGUCUACGUACCCGAUGUAUUCGGCGGCGAAGUCGUAGACCCCGACGCGCUCUCCAACCCAGAGAAACAAAAGAACUUCGACAUCAUGGCCUUCCUCGGCCGCAACAGCAAGGAGAUCCGCUGGCCCGAGAUCAAGCAGCACGCGCAAACGCUCAAGUCGCAAUACAAGAAGGUCGCCGCCAUUGGCUUCUGCUAUGGCGGCUGGGCCUGCUUCAAGCUCGCCGCCGACCCUUCCCUCAUCGACGCCAUCUCCACCGCCCACCCCUCGCUGCUCGAGAAGUCGGAAAUCGAGGGCGUCAAGGUCCCCGUGCAGGUCCUCUCUCCCGAGCACGACCAAAUGUACACGGAGGAGCUGAAGAAGGCCACCCUCGAGACGCUGCCAAAGACGGGUGUGCAGUGGGAGUACGUCUACUUCCCUGGUCUAAACCACGGCUUCGCUGCGCGUGGUGACCCCAACGAUCAGAAGCAGAAGGAUGGUUUGGAGAGGGCGAAGAGGAGUGCUGUGAACUUCUUCAACGAGUUCUUGCACUAGGGAGAUGAUGUGGUAACAAUGUGGUUAUUCAAGCGAAUCUAGAUGAACAUAUGCAGUAAUCUCAGUACCUACGAUAUCGCCCAAAGACGAUUCCUUCCCACUGA